UAGUAGUGUGUACAAGAAGGGCUUUUAGCCAUUAGAAACAGAAACCAUAGAAAAAUAUAAACAUUGUAAUAAAGCAGUAACCAGUACUGGCUACAGCUAAAGUUUGUUGUUUAUGUGGGAUGUUUGUUGUAAUGUGUAUACUGUAAUGUUAAGCAGAAAUAAAUAGCAUCUGCGGCUAAAGCUACUUCGGAUGUUUGCGCGUUUACAGCUAUUGUGCUUUUCUAAAACAGUCUAAAUACUCGAAUCUUUAAGUGGUAAUGUGUACAUAAAGGGGUUUUAGCCAUCAGAAACAGAAACCGUAGAAAAAAUUAAACAUUUUUUUAAUGUUUAAUAUGUGGGAUGUAUGUGGGAUGUUUAUUGUAAUUUUUUUCACUGUACUUGCACGUGGUCUGCAGUUGUUUACAAUAAGAUCGGUAUGUUUUAAUCAACAAGGUGGAUGUUGCUUGCCAGACAGAAACUUUUCACACAUCUUUACACAGUGUUGGCACCCAGUUGUCUUUUAGGACGCUUCAGGCUAAACGCAGGAGUACAAGUGUCCAGACAACAAUAUCCAGUUUUGAACUGACUGUGCCAUCAGCGUCCUCUACUGCGUUUAUGACUUCGACACCCCUCAAACCUUCACUAAAAAGACCUCGUCUGGAGCUGGAGGAGGAGGAGGAGGAGGAGGAAGAAGAAGAAGCCGAAGAGACUUUGACAGAGUCAAAAAUUAUAGCCCAAGACUCGGAUGUGACAUUUGACCCUGCAGAGGAAUGCACAUCUGCAACUGAACCAACAGACUUGUCAAUCCAAGAAUGCCCAGUUCAUAACAUUGCCAAGUUCAUUGUCUAUGAAACAUGCCUCAUGGAGCUCUUCAGUGACUGCCCAGUGUGUCAGAGGAGAUGUGAUGUAAAGUCACAAAGGCUUGGGACAUUUCUGAGCGUACAGCAAGUCUGCCCACACUGCGAGUUUGUAAGAAAAUGGAACAGUCAGCCAAUUAUUGGUAGUACUCCAGCUGGCAACCUGCAUCUUUCUGCUGCAGUCUACUUGAGCGGUGCAUCAUUUUUUGUAGUUGAAAAGGUAUUUGCUGCAAUGAAACUACACAUUUUUAAAUAUAAUUCAUUUCGCCGUCAUGCAAGACUUUGCAUUGAACCUGCUAUUGUCCACAAGUGGAGAAAUUGGCAGAGUGAAAUGCUAGAACAGCUCAGUCGAAGAGAGAAUGUGAUUGUUGGAGGAGAUAUGAGGGCUGACUCCCCAGGUCACUCGGCCAAGUAUGGGAGUUAUACAAUGAUGGACCUUGCAACUAACACAGUGGUCGACCUACAGUUAGUCCAGAGUAAUGAGGUGGGUGGCAGUUACCAUAUGGAAAAAGAAGGCCUAAAGAGAAGCCUUGACCUGUUGGAUGCCCGCGGUGUUCGUCUGGAAUGCAUCAUCACAGACCGACAUCCUCAAAUACAGAAAUACCUCAGGGAUCGAAAUGUCACUCAGUUUUACGAUGUGUGGCAUAUCAAGAAAGGAAUUUCCAAAAAACUGGACAAGAUAUGCCAGAUAAAGGGGUGUGAGAAGUUGCGUAAAUGGUUACGUAGCAUCAAAAACCACAUCUACUGGACUGCUGCAUCAUCCACAACAGGUCCUGAAAGAGUGGCAAAGUGGACCUCUAUCUUAAACCAUGUACAAGACAAACAUGUACAUGAAGACCCCAGUUUUCCGGCUUGUCUGCAUCCGCAACGGAUAAGCAGAGACAAGAACAAAUGGCUGUCGGCUGGUAAGUUGUAUACAGACAAAUAA